CUGAGAACCGCUAGAUUGUGAUUUAUUUAUUUCAGUAAAUAUAUCUGUUAGAAAAGCGAAAAUCUAACGAAAUGAGCGAAGAAGUGGAUGCCGAAGAUGUGCUGCGUAUAAUGGUGGCGACGGAUAAUCAUCUGGGCUAUGCCGAAAAGAAUGCGGUGCGCGGGGAAGACAGCUUCAUUGCUUUUGAGGAAAUACUCGAAAUGGCAGUGCAGGAAGAUGUUGAUUUCAUCUUGCUCGGUGGUGACCUAUUUCAUGAUGCCGUACCAAGUCAGAACACGCUACAUAACUGCAUGAAGCUGCUUCGGCGUUACACCUUUGGUGACAAACCUAUUAACAUUGAAGUGCUCAGCGAUCAGUCGAUAAAUUUCCAUAAUGCACCUAAUGACACUGUCAAUUAUGAGGAUCCUAAUUUGAAUGUAGCCAUACCUGUAUUUUCUAUACAUGGCAACCACGAUGAUCCCAGCGGUUUUGGGCGUCUUAGUUCUCUUGAUUUACUCUCAACCACUGGUUUGGUCAACUACUUUGGUCGCUGGACUGAUCUUACUAAAGUAACUAUUAAUCCGGUAUUGUUGCGUAAAGGUCAAACACAAUUAGCGCUGUAUGGGCUAAGUCACAUACAUGAUGCACGUUUGCGACGACUGUUCGAAGAUUUCAAAGUCAGUAUAGAGUGCCCUAGUUCAGAGGAGGGUGAAUGGUUCCAUUUAAUGGUGCUGCAUCAGAAUCACGCUGAUCGUGGUCCAAAAAAUAAUAUACCAGAAGAACUGCUACCCGAUUUCUUGCACUUAGUUGUUUGGGGACACGAACACGAUUGCCAUAUUGAACCACAGUUCAAUGCGAAACGUAACUUUUACGUUAGUCAACCUGGUUCAUCUGUUGCGACGUCAUUCGCUGAAGGCGAGGCGCUUAAGAAACACGUGGGGCUAUUAGAAAUACAUAAAACACGCUUUCAAAUGAAACCGUUACCAUUGCAAACUAUUCGUCCAUUUGUAUUCGAUUCGGUUGAUUUAUCGCAAAUGAUCGAAGAACUAAAGUUGGACGAAGGAGAUGUAACAAACAAAGUAAUAGCUAUGGCAAAGGAACGUGUAGAAGAAAUGAUAGCUAAGGCAAAGGAACAAUUAACCGGUCAUCCAAAGCAACCGACAUUGCCGCUUAUCCGACUACGCAUUAUAUAUUCUAAUGAGGAGCAGGUGUUCAAUGCUAUACGUUUCGGUCAGUCGUACAAUGAGCAGGUGGCUAAUCCCGCAGAUAUGAUACAUUUCAAAAGGUUGAUUCGACGCGUUAAAGGGGAGUAUUCCGAUGCAGACAAAGACGCAAUACGUGGUGCCUUAGAUGACAUACAAAUUGAUACAAACAGUGAAAUGAAAAUUGAGAAUUUCAUUGAGAGUUAUUUUAAAGAGAUACCUGCCAAGCGCCAGCUCAAGGUGCUGACUCCAAAAAUAUUGUCGGAGAUUUGCAAUCGGCUUGUCGAAAAGGGCGAUGUGAACGCAGCUGAGGGAAUUAUCAAACACUGUAAAGAAAGCGCUUUAGAGCAUUUAAUGGAAACCCUCCCAGCCGAUGAUGAAGUCGAAGAAUCCCUAGAAGCAUUCAAUCAAAAAUUAUCACUCGAUGAUAUAAUAAACCGCCUAGACAAUCAAGGGGCGAAGGUGAAAGCCAAUACAAGCAGUGUCACAAUCGGAAGGAGUAGACAACCCACGAGAGGUUCAAAUACGCACAUUGAGCAAAACGAAGAUGAAAGCGAUAGUGAUGUUGAACCGCUUGCAAAAAAAGUUACGAAAAAGCAAACCACAAGCAAAGCACAAAACUUUUACCUUAAUGACAGCGAUGGUAGUGAUAUGGAAGCUGCGCCAGCGCCCUCUAAAGCAGCUACACGUGACCGUAAAACAGCCAAAGUUGAGACUGGUGCCAAAACAACUGCUGGUCGCGGUCGUGGUAGAGGACGAGGGCGCGGCACAGCAGCUGCGCCAACACGCUCCACACGUCAGGCCUUGAACGUCUCGGUGAACUCGUCGCGUUCCACUCUAUUGGAAUCAUUGGCAAAUGCACGUGCCAAGCGUGGUCCCAAAACUGCGCAAGUUAUUGACAUUUCCGAUUCAGAGUAAAUUGUUUGUCUGUAUUAUUUCAAGCAAAAUGAUUUGCUAUCUAAUAUAAAUUUCCAGUUAGACCUUACAAAAAUCGACUUAAUUUUUGCUCGAUGGACGGGAAGAUAUAUUUAAGCAGUUAUGAUUUUGUAUGCCAGUUGUGUCUCUUUGUUCCGCUGUUAAUCGCCAAUUCUAAGUUUUCCAAAUAAAUAUUAAGUCCAUUUGUUAUUUACUUUUGUGUUACAUUAUAUUUAUAAACUGAAUCAAUAUUAAAUAAUUGGAAUAAUAACCCUCAC